AUGUCUAUAUGUACCAGUGACAAUUAUUUGGACAGGACUGACACUCGUGAGACUUCAGAAUUUAUAUGUAUGAAAGUCGUCCUCAACAACAACACCAGGUACCAUCAACAACACCAGGUACAAUCAACAACACCAGGUACCAUCAACAACACCAGGUACAAUCAACAACAACAGGUACCACCAACAACACCAGGUACCAACAACAACACCAGGUACCACCAACAACACCAGGUACCACCAACAACACCAGGUACCACCAACACCACCAGGCACCAUCAACAACACCAGGUACCACCAACAACACCAGGUACCACCAACAACACCAGGUACCACCAACAACACCAGGUACCACCAACAACACCAGGUACCACCAAUAACACUAGGUACCACCACCAACAACAGGUACCACCACCAACAACAGGUACCACCACCAACAACAGGUACCACCACCAACAACAGGUACCACCAACAACAACAGGUACCACCAAUAACACUAGGUACCACCAAACAACAGGUACCACCAACAAACAGGUACAAAUACACCAACAAAACACAAAACGUAAAAAAAAAGUACCACCAACAACACCAGGUACACAAAACACCAGACCAAACAACACCAGGUACAAACAACAGGUAACACAACACAACCAACCAACAACACCAGGUACACAAAACACAGGUACACAAAAACACAGGUACCACCAACAACACCAGGUACCACAAAACACAGGGUACCACCAACAACACCGGUACCACCAACAACACCAGGUACCACCAACAACACCAGGUACCACCAAUAACACCAGGUACCACCAACAACACCAGGUACCACCAACAACACCAGGUACCACAACAACACCAGGUACCACAACAACACCAGGUACCACCAACAACACCAGGUACCACCAACAACACCAGGUACCACCAACAACACCAGGUACCACAACAACACCAGGUACCACCAACAACACCAGGUACCACAACAACACCAGGUACCACAACAACACCAGGUACCACCAACAACAAGGUACCACCAACAACACCAACACAAAAAAACCAGUACAACAACACAGGUACCACCAACAACACCAGGUACCACCAACAACACCAGGUACCACCAACAACACCAGGCACCACCAACACCAGGUACCAACACCAACACAAGGUACCACAAACAACACCAGGUACCACACAAUAACACCAGGUACCACCAACAACACCAGGUACACCAAAACACAGGUACACAUCAACAACACCAGGUACCAACCAACAACAACAGGUACCACAACAACACCAGGUACCAACAACAACACCAGGUACCACCAACAACACCAGGCACCACCAACAACACCAGGUACCACCAACAACACCAGGUACCACCAACAACACCAGGUACCACCAACAACACCAGGUACCACAACAACACCAGGUACACACAACAACACCGAAACCACCAACAACACCAGGUACCAACACCAACACCAGGUACCACCAACAACACCAGGUACCACCGACAACACCAGGUACCACAAACAACACCAGGUACCACCAACAACACCAGGUACCACCAACAACACCAGGUACCACCAACAACACCAGGUACCACCACCAACACCAGGUACCACCAACAACACCAGGUACCACCAACAACACCAGGUACCACCAACAACACCAGGUACCACCAACAACACCAGGUACCACAAACAACACCAGGUACCACCAAUAACACUAGGUACCACCACCAACACCAGGUACCACCAACAACAACAGGUACCACCACCAACACCAGGUACCAACAACAACACCAGGUACCACCAACAACACCAGGUACCACCAACAACACCAGGUACCACCAACAAUACCAGGUACCACCAAUAA